GUGCCUGCUUGGGGGUGGGGCCAAGCGCGACUGAGUGGGCUCGGGGGCACCCUCUCGAGUCUCUCAAACUUCUCCUCGGUUCCCGCCUUUCCCGGGAGCCGCACGGACUAAGAGUUGAAGAGCCAGGGCCCCGCCGGCCUCGAGGGCCUCGCUGGCCGCGCGCUUAGGGUCGGGUGUUCUCCCGUGGUGGAGAGCGCCCCUGAAGCCGCCGCCUGGCAGCCGACGCGACGUUUUGUAGGGUUUUGUCCAGUAGCUGGAACAGGAAUCGGUUAUGUUCAAGCUCUCAGCGACCUCAGGCCCCGAAUCAGGGACACGGAUCUGGGACUUCUCUUGGCACCCACCGGAUUAGAAUCCACUGGCAGGGUGUAGACUUUCCCAAGAGAGAAUAAAAAUGUUUCCUCAAAUUUAGCCACAGGAGCCCUCAAGUAAUAGUCCAGCAACUGCUGAACAGCUGUUAGUGGUGGUAGGAGGGAAGAAAGAAGCGACCUCCACAGCAGCCGGCUUCUCUCCGACAGGGUUCUGCCGCGGGCGGGAUGUCACGUUGCCCACAGUUCACUCCACUUCCCAGGAGGGAAGCGAUUCCAUUUUCGGAAAAGUGCUGUCUGCUUAAGGAUGCCGCUGUCCUGUACAGCUGACUGACUUUUCCACUUGAUGCAGCAUGUCUGUGAAUGUUUUGUUCAUGGCAUUGCUGGCCAUGUGUAAUCUAGGACUAAGUUCUCAUUCAACAGUUUGGCUGUGUUUUAUAACCCUGCUUACCAGCCACGGGCCAGGGAGGCUUGGCAGGCAAUGAACUUAAAAUUUACAAAUAGGGACUUCCCUGGUGGCGCAGUGGCUAAGAAUCCACCUGCCAAUGCAGGGGACACGGGUUCGAGCCCUGGUCCAGGAAGAUCCCACAUGCUGUGGAGUAACUAAGCCCAUGUGCCACAACUACUGAGCCUGAGCUCUAGAGCCAGCGAGCCACAACUACUGACCCCACGUGCCACAACUACUAGCCGGCACGCCUAGAGCCCGUGCUCCGCAACAAGAGAAGCCACCGCAAUGAGAAGACAGUGCACCACAAGGAAAAGCAGCCCCCGCUCGCGGCAACUAGAGAAAACUCGCGUGCAGCGAUGAAGACCCAAUGCAGCCAAAAAUAAACAAAUAAAUAAAUUUAUUUUAAAAAUAUUUACAAAUAUACCUCGGUUUUAUCAGCCUGGGUACUGCAUAGACUGGUCUGUAUCUUAUACCAUGAGUAUAUUCAGCUCUUCAUUGUGCACGCAUCUCAUUUUUUCUAAAACAUAAUCUCUAACCUGAUUUUAGCUCAGAGGCAAGAACAUAAAUACUUAUAACAGUUAAGAACAAAAAUAUCCUAGCAAAUUCUACUACCAUUAGAGUGAUUAAUAAAAAAUAAAACUUUCAAUUAUUUUCUAGCACCUGAAAACACCUCUAAACCUUUCAACUAAAGUAUGUAUAGAUGAAUGUGCAGACCAAAGUAAAGGCAUCAAGAUAAUUAUAUUUAAAAAUGAGUCAGGAUUAAAGGCGAUGUCCUCCUUUUUAAAAGCAUAUUGCAGUAUUCCAAGUACAUAUCCUUACUAAGCUACCUGAGAGAACUAGGCAACUUAAUAGUUCUGUGCUCUCUGGAAUUUCAUUGCCAAUUGUGACUUUCUCUCACCCUCCAAAUCAACAUGCAGUAAAUUAUUCUAAGCACCUGGAAGUGGGAGAGGUGAUGAGAAUAGAGAGGGAGAGUAAACCGAAUACCAUAAGUUGCAUACCAACAGAUCUGUGUAUCAUCAUGAAUAAUUAGUUAGCCUUUCCAUGUCCCUUGGAAGUUUCAGCAAGCACCUAAGGAACACUUUAAGGAUGCUAAUCUCUCUCAGAAAAUGGGUGGUUUUAUUUUAAGAGCCUUCCUCAAUUCCUCUUAGCCUUUCAGCUACAUAACUAGUCCAUUAACUUAAGCGAUUUUAAAUAAAUGCCAGGGAAAAGGAAAAGGAAAGCUACAUAACCAAGUAAAUCUGUAUCUAGUUAGGAGAAAUUGGAUAAAUAGGGUGUUAUCAGCUGUUUGACAUACAGCUGAUAAAAUUACCUUCAGCUAGGCAUCCUUGAUGUCUGAUUACAGACGUGAACCUAGCCCACGCACACACCUAACAUUUAUUUAAGAGACCAACAGAGGCUCUUCCUGGCUUUUAGGAAGAAGACUGGUAUGGGGAAACGUGUUUCUUGCUAAUCUUCCAAGCCAUGGCACUUCCCAGCAAGUUCUUCCUUUGUUUUUGCUGCUUUGCCUGGCUCUGUUUUCCUAUUAGCCUUGGUUCUCAGGCUUCUAGGGGAGAAGCUCAGAUUGCAGCUAGUGCUCCAUUGGAAACUGAGGCUGAGCCUCAGUCCUCUCUGCAGCCUCUAGAUGGGAGACACAGACCUGGCCUCCUUUCCCCUCUCUUUAAGUUUCUGUACGAUGGGCAAACGGAGGCCCCCAGGCUGCAGCCAGAUGACAGAGCUUUGCACUAUAUGAAGAGGCUCUAUAAGGCAUGUGCUACCAAGGAGGGGAUCCCGAAAUCCAACAGAAGUCACCUCUACAACACUGUUCGGCUCUUCACCCCCUGUGCCCAGCACAAGCAGGCUCCUGGGGACCAGGUGACAGGUACCCUCCCGUCAUCAGUGGACCUGCUGUUUAACCUGGAUCGUGUUACUGCUGUUGAACAUUUACUCAAGUCAGUCUUGCUAUACACUUUCAACAACUCCGUUUCUUUUCCCUCUCCUGUUAAAUGUGUGUGCAACCUGGUGAUAAAAGAGCCAGAGUUUUCUAGCAAGACUCUCCCAAGAGUUCCAUACUCAUUUACCUUUCACUCACAGUUUGAACUUAGAAAGAAAUACAGAUGGAUUGAGAUUGAUGUGACGGCUCUCCUUCAGCCUCUAGUGGCCUCCAACAAGAGGAGUAUUCACAUGUCUGUAAACGUUACGUGUGUGAAAGACCAGCUGCAGCAUCCUUCAGCGCAGGACGGUCCACUUAACAUGACUCUUCUGGUAGCCCCCUCACUGCUUUUAUAUCUGAAUGACACAAGUGCUCAGGCUUAUCACAGGUGGUAUUCCCUCCACUAUAAAAAGAGGCCUUCACAGGGUCCUGACCAGAAGAGAGAGCUGUCUGCCUAUCCCAUGGGAGAAGAGGCUGCUGAGGGUGUAAGAUCGUCCCGUCACCGGAGAGAUCAGGAAACUGUCAGCUCUGAAUUGAAGAAGCCUCUGGUUCCAGCUUCAUUCAAUCUGAGUGAAUACUUCAAACAGUUUCUUUUUCCCCAAAAUGAGUGUGAGCUCCAUGACUUUAGACUCAGCUUUAGUCAGCUGAAGUGGGACAACUGGAUUGUGGCUCCACACAAAUACAACCCUCGAUACUGUAAAGGGGACUGUCCCAGGGCGGUCGGACAUCGGUAUGGCUCUCCGGUUCACACCAUGGUGCAGAACAUCAUCCAUGAGAAGCUCGAUUCCUCAGUGCCGAGACCAUCCUGUGUACCUGCCAAGUACAGCCCUUUGAGUGUUUUGGCAAUUGAGCCUGAUGGCUCAAUUGCUUAUAAAGAAUAUGAAGAUAUGAUAGCCACUAAGUGCACCUGUCGUUAACAUAGGCUCCUCUCAAGUAAAACCGUGAGUCUCCUGGCCAAAGUAAAUAUCGUGCGGCUGUCUGUGCCUUUGGGAGAAAGUUUCAUGUAUCAAAUCUCUAAAUGUAAUGCAGUGUGUUGUGUAAGGAGGAGCCUGUGUAGAUUAGCACAUUCUGUGGCAUCUAUCACUGUAAAGGGAUAACAGCUGCCUUUCUCAUUUCCAAAUGUAAAUAAAAUGUACUUCUUUGGAAAGCUUUAAAUUUUUUCCCCCUGAGUGAUUAUUUUUUUCUUUUGUAGGAGUCUUGUUUUUGAUGUAAGAAAAAAAAGCUUAAUUAGCAUAAAUCUUGGAUGGAACUGCAGCUCUAAAUAGACAAUUCAGAUUGCUAUAGUCUUAUUUAAUGGAACCAUAAAUUCCUGUGAGUGGCA